AUGUCAUACAUUCAUACUCUACUCCGACCGCGGAUUCAACAAGGCUAUAGACUUCGUAGACUCUACCGAAGCUACUUGCAUAGACCGACCCUCCACUGCGGUCACCGCUGGCCCGUUGUCGGCUCUGUUCAACAUGGCUCGACCACCCCUCGCCCCUCUCCUCAAGGAUUACUGCUCUCCUUGCUCCCUAUCUCAUACUUCUAUCACAAAAGUAGAGGUCCCAAGCUCGAUCCAUAUGUUUACUCAGAUCAUGUCAUAUCAUCCACCACCACCCUCUCGCCAGAUCAUGUCCUCCUCACCAUCCCCCUGUCUGCCGCUUCACGAGAAUCAUUUUCCCCAAAUGCACCCCUUCCACUCGGCUCGACUACCUCUCACACCCCUCAAAAUCCAGAGCGUGACCCUGCAGAAAUAACAGUGCAACAUGUCAUGAUCAAGCAACCGGAUCUACAGAUCGAACGUCCUUACACCCCAGUCAACGAUCCAGGACUGGAUGGGGAGAUGAGACUGGUCGUCAAGCGUGUUCGGGGCGGGGAAGUAGGCAGAAUGCUACAUUCUCGUCAUGCGAACGAGCUGGUUGGACUACGGGGACCCUUAACUACCUUUUCUAUCAUCCCCGAGGCAUACGAUAGGAUUGUCAUGAUAUCCUCCGGAACGGGAGUUGCACCAUUUCUACAACUGCUAGCCAGUCUUCCUCCUCAAUCAUCAGACCCCACGAGGAAAGCAGGACGAUAUCACUUGGUUCAUUUGAAGCCUGACUCGGAACAGGUCGACUGGGCAGCCACUUCAGGUUUACUUCCUCGAUUGCAAGAAAAACUCUCUUACGACUUGUCAACAUAUCGCCCUGAAAAGAUCCAGAAAAGCAGUAUCCAAAAGGCCUUAGGUUCAAGCGACCGAAGUCACAUCCUUGUCCUCGUUUGUCUGCCGCCUCACCUGAUGCGACCCCUAUGCGGCCUGCUCGGUCCCAACUUGGAACAAGGUCCAAUCACUGGUAUCCUCGGCGAGCUCGGACUGGACAAUCGUCACGUUUGGAAACUUGAAUGA